CACCAAAGGGUUUAUGCAAGGCUUCACUGCAGCCUGCAGGGUAAAAAAACCUUACCUCCCCUCCGUUUCUGCUACCGAAUUGCUUCAAUGGCGCCCCUUCACCGUCAAAUUUAGGGCUCGGAAUCCCCCCUUAUCUCAAUUUUCACGGUCUGUCCCCCACUCAAUCCUCGCCGAUGUUGAAGCUUCUGUCCUUCUCGACAUGCCUGCAUAGCCGGGCUCAGCACGCCCUGACCCAGUCCCCCUCUCCGAGCUGCCACCGGCUGGGGGCACUGAAUUCGCUCCCUGAGCGGAGCUGGAGGAGCCUGAGUACCUGCCAGAGAGCGUUCUUCUGUUCCGACUCCAGCGGUGAUGGCAUUGAUCCGGCAGUGGUGGCCAAAGGCAAGGUGGCGGAAGCCGAGUCCGAUGAGAGCCAGAAGCCGUCCUCCUCAACCGUUCCGACGAGCUCUAGGCCCGAAGAUUACCUGACGAUUGCGCUUCAACUUGUAAGGAAAGGUGAGCAGAAAAUAAUCGCUGCAAAUGCUGAAGGGGAGGGAGUAGGGCCCAAAGAGGCCAAAAUGAAACCAUAUGAGGAUUCGAGCCCACACAGAAGUAGAGGUGAUUCCCAAAUUACAUCUGAUAAAGUUGAGAUCAGCAGCAGGUACACCAAAUGGUCCUGGAAGGUGUUCAGAUUGUCCCACUCUUUGGAACUCAUGUUCGGAUUUUUGCAUUCACUCAUCUGUUCCAAGAUGUACCCGAAAGUCAGGUCCUUCUUGGAUGAUUUCGUGCGAAAUGGCGACCAUCAUUCGGUGUCUUCGGUGUUUCACGCGAUUUCGACUUGUUGUGAUAGCUUAUGCAACAAAUCGAUAGUCGCUGAUAUGCUGGUGUUGUCAUAUGUGAAGAACAUGAAAACCCGGCAAGGUCUCGAGGCAUUCAAGCGGGCUGGUGAUUACGGGUUUAAACUAUCAGUUCUUUCGUGUAAUCCUUUGUUGAGUAAUUUGGUGAAAGAGAGGUCCAUUGGUGAUGUGGAAUGUGUGUACAAGGAACUGGUUAGGAGGAGGUUUGAUUUCAAUGUCAUAACUUUUAACACUGUGAUAAGUGGGUUGUGCAAAGUUGGGAGAUUGAAUAAGGCUUUCGAUGUUAUGGAGGAGAUGAAGGCUUGGGGGCUUUUACCGAAUGUGACUACUUACAAUACUCUUAUUGAUGGCUACUGUAAAAUGGGCGGGCCGGGCAAAAUGUACAAGGUGGAUGGGAUUGUUAAAGAGAUGACGAGGAAUGGGGUUUCCCCCAAUGUGGUGACCUAUAAUACUAUGAUUCAUGGGUACUUUGAGGAUGAGAAUUUGAAGGCAGCAAUCAAGCUGUUUGGUGAAAUGCAGAAGCAGGGUGUAUAUCCUAGUGUCAUCACCUAUAAUUUGAUGAUGAAUGGACUCUGUAACAACGGAGAGCUUGACAAGGCUCUCAGUUUACGAGAUGAAAUGUUGAACUCGGGUUUGAAGCCAAAUAUUGUCACCUAUAAUGUGCUCAUCGGUGGCCUGUGUAAGAAUAAGAUGUUGAAGGAAGCUCAGGCGAUGCUCGAUGAUGCAGAGAAAGAAGGGCUGGUUCUGAGUGGUAUUACAUUGAACACAUUGAUCAAUGCUUACUGUAAGGAUGGGAGUACAGAGGAAGCUUUCUCGAUGUACAGGCUAAUGUUGGACAAAGGAGUGAUGCCUGAUGUGUCAACAUAUAACUGUUUGAUUGGAGGUUUGUGUGGAGAAGGUAGGACUGCUUAUGUUCGGGAUUUGUUGCGUGAAAUGAAGGAAAAGGGUCUGAAAGCUGAUGUUAUUACCUAUAAUAUAAUGAUAGAUUCAUUAUGCAAGCAAGGGAUGUCAAGGAGGGCAAUGAAACUCCUAGAUGAUAUGUUAAAUGUCGGUCUGAGCCCUAAUCACAUUACGUACAAUGUCCUGAUGGACGGUUAUUGCAAGGAAGGAAACCUCCGGGCAGCACUGAAAGUCAGGGAACUGAUGGAAAAGAGAGGGAAGAGGGCGAACACUGUGACAUUUAAUGUGCUUAUUAAGGGUUUUUGCAAGCAGGGGAAAAUGGAAGAUGCGAAUAGCCUUCUAAAUGAGAUGUUAGAGAAAGGUUUAGUCCUGAACAAGACUACCUUUGAGAUAGUCAGGGAAGAAAUGGUAGAGAAGGGUUUUGUCCCUGACAUAGAAGGACAUCUGUAUAAUGCUUCAUGAUGUUUCAUAUAUAUUAACUUGGAAUAUCAAUUUUUUGAGGGGACAGAGAUCAAGGAUAGAACUGAAAGGGCACUCCGAGCAAAUAUGGAGGCUGUGAAUUUUAAGUGAAAAUAAACCACUAAUGAGACUCAGAAUGUCAUCUUUAGGAGAAGUACUUUGCUUAUUCAGAAAGGAUGUGCCUGUGUCAUGAAGAGAAGAAGUUAGUUUGUGGCAUUCAUCUUAUCUAUAAUUGAGGUGCAUGGGACCGUUUAACCUUGAUGGUGUUAGAGGGGAGUAAAACAGUAAUUGGGUGAGAUGGGAGGAGAGAACUUAAGGGAUUGACACAAGUGCUCACAGAGCAAGCAUUUUCUCAAGGGAUGUUGGAAGCAGCAAAGAAUAUCACCCAACCAAAGUCAGCAUACCUGUUUGAGGUUACAUGGUACUGGGAAAUUACUUCUCCAAGCUGUUUUCUGCGGACACUGGAGAAUGCAAUAUUUGCUCCCCAUCUUACUGUGUGACAUUUUUGAAGUGUAUCGCUACCUCUUUUCCAAGCACAUGACAAUAUGGGAUGAGGUGUUUUCUGACAAGGGUACCCAAAUUGAGCCUGUGAAGAUGCUCAAUAUCAUUCAUUUGAAAUAAAGCCUUCGUUGAUGAUAGAUGAGUGUUUGAAACUAUUGAGGUUUGGUUUUCCAAGCUUCAUCACCAUCUAUGAUGUCUCACUCAUUUUGGUUCAUUGCAUUCAUUACCUGCUGAUGGAAACCAGAACAGAGUUUGGUCCCUUUUCCAGUUUUCAGGAUAUGUUGGAUGCUGAGGAGCUGGGGCAUGUCGGUGAAAGCAAUCAAAUGGUAGGAUCAGAAUCCUGCCUAUGAACGUACUUUCCUUUGAUCUGUUUUGGUAGUAGUAUGACCCUGCUUGUUGAUUUAGACUUUUACCAAGAGGAAAAUCACCAGGCCGGUGCUCUGGCUCAAUAUUGAUCCUGGUCUACUGGGUCGGGCCGCCGGUUUCUUAAAGGACCAUGCCCAAAUUCUUCCCAGUUUUACGGUAUCAUUGACCGCGAAAUGAGAACCAUUGAUUAUAAUGUGCAUCAGAAGGCCUAAAAGUUGAGCCAAAUUAUAGUGUCAUUAGAUUGAAUUUUUUUCUCUUCCAUCAUUCGGCAUCACAAGGAAAACCAAAUUUGGAUGUAGUGAUUUGGAGGUUAAAGGGGUCAAAUGAAAUGAUUUGGAUUGACAUUAUUAUUCCUCCAACUCUAUCCAUGAAAAUGAAAGAAAGAAAUUCCGAAUCAUAAAAAAGCAUUUGCGUUA